AAACAAGCUUACUUUUACGUUCAAAAUAGCUGUUGGACAAGAUCCGAAUCGAGACAACAUCAUGCUGUACUGAUGAGUGCGUAUUGUGAGAAAAACGAAAGCUGUGGAAUUGGGUCAAUUCAGUAAUAACAGGAUCUGGUUGGAGUCCUGCAAUGGAACAGCCUGGAAGAGGUAAACCCUGGUCUCAAGGUACCAAAAUACCUCCCCUCCUUCGAGUGCAAGCUGCGUAAGCUAUAUCCUUCUGGGACAGCUAUUGUGACCUUGGGCAGACCAUGUGAGCUGCUGGUGCUUCAUUUGUAAAACACAGCAGUUGCAGGUACUUGACCCCUACUGGAGAUCAGAUGUUGCAGCACAGGUGGGCUAUGCUUUACGAAUGGAGGCCUGAAAUGCUUCACUUUAAAGGACUUGUGCUGCUUUUCAGAUGGACACUGCUUACCCUCCUUCAAGGAUGGACCCUGUGAUCUUGAGCUACCAGGACAGCUUGCUGCGGCGCUCUGACGUGGCCCUUCUGGAGAGCUCCCAAUGGCUGAAUGACCAGGUGAUUGGUUUUGCCUUUGAGUACUUUGCCACUGAACGCUUCAAGGGGCUCUCUGAGUCCAUCUGCUUCAUCAGCCCGGAGGUUACUCAAUUCAUAAAGUGCGCAACUAACCAGGAUGAGCUGGCCAUUUUCCUGGAGCCCCUGGGACUGCCAGAACGCAAGUGGAUAUUCCUGGCGGUCAAUGACAACUCCAACCAGACGGCCGGGGGCAGCCACUGGAGCCUGCUGCUCUACCGCCAGAGAGGGAGCUGCUUCGGCCACUAUGACUCCCACAGUGGUAGCAACUCCCUGCAUGCAAGGCGUAUUGCAGCCAAGUUGGAAACUUUCCUGGCCACCGGGGCGAAGGUUCCCUUUGUGGAGGAGGCAGCCCCGGCCCAGCAAAACAGCUACGAUUGUGGCAUGUACGUGAUCUGCAAUGCAGAAGCUCUGUGCGAGACUGCGGGCAUCGAGGACAGCCCUUGCUUGCUUACCCAGCUCAUCACUCCAGCAUACAUCACCCAGAAGAGGACGGAGUGGAGAAGACUGAUCGAACAGCUGGCCAAGAAAUGAUGGGCUGGUUAAGGAGACAUUCACACUUCCAUUUCCUGUGUAGAGGACUAGCAUGUGUAUUUAUAGGGCACUAAAGCGGCCCAGAGGUUUACCAAAUGUGUUAGCCUUAAAAACACUUGUUGAAUGUUUGAUGUUAAAACAGUGUUCUUUGUCUGGAUCUGCAGAUUCUUUAUUUAUACAGGGUAGCUCCUUAAGCCUGCUUGAAGGGUAGUGGAGAAAUGUACCGACAGGGGAUUCCCUACCUAAACCAGCAAACCGACACAGUUGCUCGGCAAGCAAAAGCAUUUAAGUUCUUAAAUUCUGCCAAACUAAUGAAACCGUUCUUAAAUGCUUCACUAUUGAUUAUGCUUGUCUCAAAUGGCUAUGGUAAUAUUUUGUAGGAACAGGAUAUUUAAACAGGGGAGUUCUGUAAUGAGACACAUAAUGCUGUGAAUGUUUUAAUUAUCAAUUAACAUUUUCUGUGUUCACUGUGGAACGAA